AUCAAUUUAAAAAAUGUUUCCAAUAUAAGUAAGCCAAGUCUGUUAUGUCAGUGACAUUCAGAUGUUUCUGAUUAUCUGACCGUUCUUUUCAUUGUUGAAGUUAACCAUCAUUUAUCAUAAUAGUUAUAAUUUAGUUAUUCUAAAAAACAUAUUUAUUCGAUUUAAUAAUAAUUGAUCGCGAACACUGUAUUUCCAAGAUAUUCGUUUAGUCUAAAAUAUACUGGAAUUUCAACAUAGUGUAAGAAAUAUGUUUAAUAAAUCAAAGAUUAACGUUAUACAACACAUGGUAUUGAAUAAUGAGACACGACGUACUCCUAUUGAAAAUUCAACAGCUCAAACCGGUGCCAGAGGUAGUAAUAAUUUUCAUGAGAAAAGAAAUCAUCCUCAAUUUUCAACAGCUCAAAAUGGUGCCAGCGGUAGUAAUAAUUUUCAUGAGAAAAGAAAUCAUACUGAAUUUUCAACAGCUCAAAACGGUGCCAGCGGUAGUCAGAGUAUUGAAAGUAAACCGAAUGGCAAUCAAACAUCUCGAAAUAUUCAAAAUGUGGCCAAGGUAUCGACUUCGAAAACUGACCCUAACAAUAGAGAUUUUAAGCCCUUUGGUUCUCGUCCCGGUGAAAAACUCUUUAUACUUACAGGGACAGUCGAAAGAGUCAUACACUGGAACAAACUUUUAUCCAAUCAAUUCUGCUAUUUUGAAGUUAUCGCUGCUGUUGUUUCUCUCCAGGAAGGUAGUGUACGCACCCAAAAAAUCAUGCUGUUACGGGACAGAACUGGACCUAUACUUCAAGUUAUUUAUUACAUGCUUACACAUCUCGCUAUUGAAGAUUUUCAUUUAGGAAAAAUGAUUAGAUGUGUAGGAAAAAUGAUUGGUCCUAAUAUUUUAAAUGCUAUUAGUAUUAGGGAUGCAUCAAAUGAUGAAGUUGAAAGUUUGCAUAGAUUGACGCUGAUAUCUGAACAAGCUGUAACUACGCAUUUGAAAAAUUAAGUAGUUCUGUUAGAAAAAAUAAAAUAUGUUAUGUGUUUUUGGUUAAGAAUUAAUGUGUUAAAGUAAUUUUAACUAUAUUUUAAUAUUGUUCUUGAUAACUAUUUGUAGC